AUGCCGUCGGGCGGCGUGCUCGAGUGCGAGCCGAGUACUAAAUGGUUCCCGAUCUUCGUGUCCAAGCUUUCUGGCGCGACCGGCAAGGUGGUGGCCGUGACUGGCUGCACGUCUGGCACGGGAUUUGUGUGCGCUCUGACGUGCGCUCGCAAGGGCGCCCACGUGGUCAUGCUGAACCGGAGCUCGAGCCGAGCAAGUAAGGCCGAACGCCAGAUCAGGGAUCUGGUGCCUGACUCGACGGUGGAGACGAUCGAGUGUGAUCUCGCGAGCUUUACCAGUACUCGCAAGGCGGCAGACACCCUCAUUCAGAAAUUCGGCGCCCAAGGCGUUGACGUGCUGUGCUGCAACGCUGGCGUGGGCUCGUCCUCUGAUCUUGCGACCGAGGACGGCUACGGAAUUCAGAUGCAAACGAAUCACCUGUCCCACUUUCUGCUGACGACGAAGUGCUUCCCCCUGCUCGAGAUGGCAGCCAAGCAGCGUGGCGAGGCUCGCAUCGUCAACCACUCGUCGCUCGCACGCGACUUCCCUCGAACACUGAGCGAGAAGCACCUGGGCCCAAAUGGCGGCCAGCUCGGCGGCAACGGCAACUACCUCAUCUUUGGACCCAGCUGGAGGCGGUACUACAUGACUAAGCUCGCAAAUUCUGUGGCGACCCAGGCAAUCCACGAGCGGCUCAAGGCACGCCGCUCAGCCGUCAAGGCCGUCUGCGCCGCACCUGGUCUCGCUUACACCGGCAUGGCUGAAAAGUUCGCCUCAUCUGGAUUGAUCGACAGCCUUUUCUUCCAGCUUACCAAGUGUUUGUUGCAAUCGGCCGAGGAGGCCACCAUGCCGCUGCUACAGUGUUGCCUCGGCGAAGUUUCGUCGGGCGCGUGCAUAGAGCCGUCUUCCGGUCCCUUAGGUCCCGUAAUCCGCCUGUGGGGUCCGGCGGUGGAGGUGAAGCUGUCCGCCAAAGUGAAGGACCCCGCCUCUUGCCAGAUGCUGUGGGAGUUGAGUGAGAAGGCGUGUGGGGAGUGGAAGCUGUGA